CGCAGGUGUGUUGUUCCUGUGCGGUUGGAGGGAGACGCAUCCGGAUCAACUUGUGUAAGAGCUCACCUGGAAAACUUGAUCUCAGAGAAGAUGUUUGAAUGAGAAAAUUAAGACUAUAAACUUUUUUGUGUGGCGGUUCUUUAAUUUGUUUCCACCUCUUCAUAUUUUUUUUUGUUUUGUUUUCGUUUGCGAAGUUUGAUCAAGUGAUUGACUGGCACAUUACGACCUGGAUACGACUUCCGUACGGAUUACGCUGCAAGGACUUUUUUUUUUUUUUUUUGUGCAAUGGCUUUAAGUAUUACCAAACGAGCGGGGGUUUUACUAAUUAUCUGCACCACCUUCAGUCUUCUGUAUGGCUCCAGGGGAGAAGUUCCUCCUAAACCGACGAGUGGCGUCACGAUUCUUCCCCCGGUCAAGCCUGAUAAUGGACCGCAGGCCUAUCCAGAGGAUGAAAAAGCAAAUUUACCCGUGUUUACAAUGGAUUAUCCAAGAAUACAGAUACCCUUUGAGAUCACCCUUUGGAUCCUGCUGGCAUCAUUUGCACAAAUUGGUUUCCAUGUGUACCAUAAAAUCACCAUCUGGGUGCCUGAGUCGUGCCUUCUCAUCAGCAUUGGCUUGAUCGUGGGUGCCAUCAUGCACUCUGUCAAGGAGGAGCCCCCCGCUGUGCUCUCCAGCAAUGUCUUCUUCCUCUACAUGCUGCCCCCAAUUGUCCUGGACUCGGGCUACUUCAUGCCCACCAGGCCUUUCUUUGAGAACAUCGGCACGGUGUUGUGGUUUGCGGUGGUGGGGACUCUGUGGAACAGCAUCGGCAUCGGCAUGUCUCUGUUUGCCAUAUGCCAGAUUGAGGCGUUCGGCGUGCAGGACAUCAACCUCCAGGAGAACCUGCUGUUCGCCACCAUCAUCUCGGCCGUGGACCCCGUGGCCGUGCUGAACGUGUUUGAGGACGUGUCCGUGAACGAGCAGCUCUACAUCGUGGUGUUUGGAGAAUGUCUCUUUAAUGAUGCCGUCACUGUGGUGUUGUACAAUAUGUUCAACUUUGUGGCGGAGAUGCCGGUGGUGGAGCCUGUGGACGUGUUCCUGGGAGUGGCGAGGUUCUUUGUGGUCGGGCUCGGCGGGAUGGGCUUCGGCCUCCUGUUCGGCUUUGUGGCCGCCUUCACCACGAGGUUCACCUCCAGGGUCAGAGAGAUCGAGCCGCUCUUCAUAUUCAUGUACAGCUACCUGGCUUACCUGGUGGCCGAGCUCUUUGCCAUCUCAUCCAUCAUGGCCAUUGUGACCUGUGCCCUCACCAUGAAGUACUACGUGGAGGAAAACGUCUCCCAGCGCUCCUGCACGACCAUCCGACAUGUGGUCAAGAUGCUCGGCUCCAUCUCCGAGACCCUCAUCUUCUUCUUCCUCGGGGUCGUCACCAUAACGACAGAGCACGAGUGGAACUGGGCCUACAUCCUCUUCACACUCUUAUUUGCUUUUAUAUGGAGAGGUCUGGGUGUCCUUGUCCUGACUCAGAUCAUUAAUCCUUUCCGCACCAUCCCGUUCAACUUGAAAGAUCAGUUUGGUCUGGCCUACGGUGGCCUGCGAGGUGCCAUUUCAUUCGCCUUGGCUUUCACCCUGCCUGAUACCAUGGAACGCAAGCACCUCUUCAUCACCGCCACCAUCGUUAUCAUCCUCUUCACAGUCUUCCUACAGGGCAUCAGUAUCCGUCCUCUGAUUGAGUUCAUCAAUGUCCGCAGAACCAACCGCAACCUCGACACCAUCAACGUGGAGAUCCACUGCAGGCUCAUGGAACACACCAUUGCAGGCAUAGAGGAUCUCUGUGGACAGUGGAGCCACUUCUACUGGAAGGACAAGUUCAUGAAGUUCAACAAUCUAGUUCUGCGUAGGAUCCUGAUCAGAGACAGCAGGGCCGAGUCCAGUAUCGUGGCGCUCUAUAAGAAGCUGGAGCUGCAGAACGCCAUGGAGAUCCUGGACACGGUGUCUGGGGACAUCAGUGCCGCUCCUUCCAUCGUGUCUCUCCAUGAGGAAAAGAAAAGCUCCGGUAAAGAGAAGAAGAAGUUCUUGGCUGCCGACUUGAAGAACAUGCACGACCUCCUGUCCAAGAACAUGUACAAGAUCAGGCAACGGACUGUCGCAUACACAACUAAGCACGCCCUGCCCAACGACAGCCAAACUAGGGAGAUCCUGAUCAGACGCCACGCCAGCGUCCGUCGCAGCCUUCGAUCUGGCAGCUUCCAGUCGAUGCCGUCCAAAUCACAGAAGUACUUCUCCCUUCCUGCUGGACAGAGUCUGGAGUCAACAUUUCGUCCUCCAAGGCACAGCUACACGAAUGAUCCGGAAACCAUGUCAGAGGUCGCCUACCCGGCUCGACGCAUGCGGUACGGCCAGCCGACCCGCUCCUCCUCCAAGGCCAUGAUGCCGCUGCGCAGACUGGACACCCUGAGGGAAGUUCCUUCGGUUGACAUCCUGAAUGAAAGCAGGAGCGGGAGCAGCAGGAGCGGGAGCGGCAGGUCGAGGCGCGGCAUGUCCAGGACAAACUCGUACCACAGCGAUUCUCAUGUGCCCGCUUCCCGUCAUCCCUCAGUUCAUAAUAACAACGGCUCCAGGGACAACUUGAGGAGUGACCACCAUGGGGCAGGAGAGGAGGAGGAGGAGCAGGAGGAGACGCCACGGCAGCCUUUGUCUCCACCUCCAGCCUGGGCAGCUGAACCCAGAGACGGCACAACUCAAAACCCUCUGCUCAGGCGGCCUCAGUGGAACCCGAAGAAGAACUAAAAACUAAAAACGCUUCGAGCUGAGGCUGGACUAAUGCCGAGGUUUUCAAGGAACUGUAGAGGUGCAUCCUCGCUCUGGAGGUCCGUUGAUUUUCUUGUUAGACGUGAAGGCCCCUACGAACUGAGCCAAAAUGGACAGAGAUACCUCAAAGACAGAGGUAUCAGGCACAUAUGAAGCACACUGCUGAUUUCAUUUAGAUACUUUUUACCUUCCCGUAGAAUUUUUAAUAAUGUAUUUUUUUGUUCCUUACAUGUAAAUAUGACGUUACUAUAUUUUAUUGCCUGUCAUGGGUGACUUUUGUGUAUACUGUAGGCUAUUUUAAUUUCCGUUGCUAUGCAGCAAAAAGUACUGUAAACACUGUUUUUUUUUUUAUGUCUGUGACACUAAUAGACUCACUGGCCCAGUUUGCUAUUGUUUUCCUAUUCUGUAAUAAAAUUUUUCUAAGUUGUUGAAA